AUGGCGACUCAAAAGAUCGAUAGCACUGCAUUUCAACCACGACGUAAGUUGGCACUUGUAAUUGGUAUUGGUAAAUAUGAACAUUGUCAAGAAUUAGAAAAUCCAGAAAAUGAUGCGAAUGAUAUGUCAUCUGCUCUGGAAAGUAUUGAUUUUAUUGUUACAAAGAAACUACAUUUAAAACGUGCUGAAAUGAAACAUGCUAUUAUUGAUUUCGAAGAAUCGAUAGAGCCCGACGAUAUGGUCCUAUUUUAUUUUGCUGGACAUGGAAUACAAUGGGAAGAUCAGAAUUAUUUGAUACCAAAAGAUAGUCCAACUUUGAAUGAUACAAAUUUAAACAACAGUGCGAUCAAGGCACAAGCUAUUCUCAAUACUUUAAGUGAUCGCAAUCCAUAUGUAACCAUAUUCCUAUUGGAUUGUUGUACAAGCUAUCACUUACAUAAUCCUGAGGUAGAUGCACGUAAUCCGAAUGCAAGUGUUUCAAAAUCAGUAGGUCUUAAACCCAUGCACAAGGCUGGUUCAUUAGUUGCAUUUGCUUGUGAACCGGGAACUAUUGCGAUUGAAGGAAGAGGACAGAGAAACGGUUUGUUCACAAAACAUCUUUUACAACAUAUUACAACUGCCAAUGAAGACAUCCAAAUGAUAUUACGUGAUGUUGCCGAUGGUGUAAUAAAAGAGUCGAAGUCAAGUCAAAUUCCAUUUGUGAGUGCUUCAUUAUCAAAGAAGGAUAUAUAUUUAUGCAGCCAGCAGCGAAAUCAAUCACAUAAACCAGACGAUUCAACAACGACUCCUGAUGACAUAGCCGAAGCACAACAAGAAGAACAAUCCAGCAAGGUUGAAGUAAUUCAAACAAUCUCUUAA